AUGAAUUUUUAUGGAUGUUCAGUACUGGCGCAGCUGACCGUGUUGGCCAACGAGACGGUGAAGGUGCCUUGUGACCUCUCCAACAGGGGCAUGGCUGACGUGGCUAUCAUUGUCCUGUGGUACCGUGGGGCGUCGCCAGCACCCUUCUACAGCUACGACCUACGGCAGUCUGGUGGACGUCACUGGAGCGACGAGACUGUGUUCGGACAGCGAGCUCAGUUUGACCUGAGAGUGAACCCUCCCAGCCUGCGAGUGCAUCCAGUGAGACCUGCAGACCAGGACACCUACCGCUGCAGAGUGGACUACGAGAGAGGACCUUCUAGGACCUCCACCGUCCACUUGGCUGUUAUUGUGCCGCCAUCACCAGCUGUAGUGACGGAUGAGAGUGGCUCUGUUGUGGAAGGAAGUGCUGGCCCUUACCUGGAAGGAGGCAGAGUCGUCCUCACCUGUAAGACCAUAGGAGGUCGGCCGUCACCCACGCUAGUUUGGGUGAGAGACGGGAGAGUAGUAGAGGACUCGUAUACGGUGGACCACAGAGGACAGGUGAGGAACCUACUCCACCUGGAUAACCUCUCCAGAGACCUACUGGAUGCCGCCUUCACCUGCCGGGCCACCAACAACAAUAUCACCAGACCUCUGGAUACCACCGUCACUAUAAAUAUGACCCUUGCUCCGUUGACGAUCUCGCUGCUGAAGGUGGCGGGGCCCCAGGAAUACGUAUCGGCAGGGGUGACGGAGGAGCUAGAGUGCGCCUCCUCUGGCAGUAGACCAGAUCCUGUGAUAUCCUGGUGGCGGGAUGACCAGCGUAUCGUCAACCCCAGCGUCAAGCAGCUGAGGAUGGUAAACAGGACAUUGUCGACGCUGCGGGUGAUCCCACAGCCCAGCGAUCAUGGGGUUGUCUACACCUGCCGGGUGGAGAACCCACUCCUGCCCACCUCCGUCCUUGAGGAGUCCUACAAGCUCAACGUUCACUACGUGCCACAAGUCGACCUUGAGAUGGGGAUGGGACUCAACCCCAAGUCAGUGAGGGAAGGUUCCGAUAUUUUCUUCGAGUGUAGAGUCAAGUCCAAUCCUAAAUUUUACAAGAUUGUCUGGAUACAUGAAGGGUCGGUGAUGCAACACAACGUCUCAGGUGGUGUGAUAGUGUCCAACCAGACGCUGGUGCUGCAGAAGGUUGGCAAGGAACGCACCGGCCGCUACUACUGCAGAGCGACCAACCUACACGGUGAAGGAGUCUCUAGUCCCAUCACCAUCACCAUCAUGUACACGCCAGUGUGCUCACCUGGGCAGAAGUUAGAGUACCAAGUUGCCCACCACGACACCGCUAACAUCACCUGCCGUGUGGACGCAGUGCCCGACAACGUCACCUUUACCUGGAGGUUCAACUCCUCUGGGUCCCUGCUGGAGCUGGGUGAGGGACGGGCAGCAUCUUGGGGUACUACCAGCAUCCUGCCCUAUACCCCAGCCUCCCCUGGAGAUUAUGGGCUUCUGCUGUGUGCGGCUACAAACAGCAUCGGUACUCAGCAUCUGCCUUGUGUCAUCAAUGUCACGGCUGCUAGUGAGACUCAAACCUUUGGCAAAGGGUUGUUUAUCAGGAACCAAAACGACCUUUCUGUGUUCGUCUCCUGCAAGGGUGUUCCCUACGUUCUUCCCGAAGUUCAGUUGGGGGUUCGCAACCCAGCAGAGGAAGUUUGGGAGUACCCCGCUGAUAGUGUGGUUGCGGGGCUGCGGUAG